GACUCAGUCAGCUGGCUCCUCGGUCUGAGCAGCAGGCAGAGCCUCUCCCAGUGGGCGACAUCACCAGCACCGCCCGAGCCUGGCCGGCGGCAUCGGCGGCGCUACGCGGACGGACAUGGAGGAGUCGCUGUCGUAGAGGCGCAUCCGGAGCCGUGUCUUAUUUAUUCACCUAUUUAUUCCCUAAUUUAUUCGCCCCGCCAGUAAUGGCCGGGCUCCGCGGCGGCUGCUGCUGCUGCUGAGAGGCAGGUGCAGUAUCAUCAUCCACGGCUUUUGGUUCCUCGGCAUGGGCUGGCGGAGGCCGGUCCACAGGUUGGCCCAGUCCACGUCCACCGCUGCCCGGACCUGAGCGCGUCCGCGGGGGAACAAGCGACUGGGCCGCGUCUGGAGGCGACACAACGGGCCGGUGGCGGUGGAGCAGGGAGGGGGCCGCGUCACGUCGGAAUAUUAGAGGCAGUAUUUUCAGUAGCGAGCUCAAGGUUACACGCACGCACACACGCACGCACGCACCGCAGUCAGGCUUCGUUCACUGAACGCGGGCAGCUGGAAAAUGGCUUAGCGUUUCGCUUCUUCGCUGUGAUUGAACGUCCGCCCUCUCUGCGCUGAGCGGAUCCGAACCCCGUGACAGACUCGCCUUACAGGCCCCAAAACCGCUGGAGCGCAGCCUCCUCAUCCUCAUCUGGACGAACCGACGCCGGAUCCAGCCGCCAAGAUGAUGGAGCUGCAGAUAGACGAGGUGGUGUACCAGGACGACUACGGCUCCGGCUCCGUCAUGUCCGAGCGCGUGUCCGGCAUGGCCAACAGCAUCUACCGGGAGUUCGAGCGGCUGAUCCGGAGCUACGACGAGGAGGUGGUGAAGGAGCUGAUGCCGCUGGUGGUGAACGUGCUGGAGAACCUGGACGCGGUGCUGAUCGAGAACCAGGAGCACGAGGUGGAGCUGGAGCUGCUGAAGGAGGACAACGAGCAGCUCAUCACCCAGUACGAGCGCGAGAAGGCGCUGCGCAAGCAGGCGGAGGAGAAAUUCAUCGAGUUUGAAGAUGCGCUGGAAGCAGAGAAGAAGGAGCUGCAGAUGCAGGUGGAGUUCCUGGAGCUGCAGGGGAAACAGCAGGAGCUCAAGGCCAAGAACUACUCUGACCAGAUCACUCGUCUGGAGGAACGAGAGUCGGACAUGAAGAAGGAGUACAACGCUCUGCACCAGCGCCACCUGGAGCUGGUUCAGAGGAACGUGGGCCUCCUGGAGCGGACCAAGCUGCAGCAGUCGGGGAGUCAGUCCGACGCCUACGGACGCACGCCACACAACACAUGGAGGAAAAGCAACAAAGCGGAGCGGCCGCCGUCGCUGAGCCUGUUCCCCAGCGCCGAGGGCAUGGUACGUGGGGGUCUGGGGGGGGCUAGAACCCUGCCCGGGAAAGACAUCUGGCAGGUCAGCGAGCCGGGCCGGUCCACCUGCAGCUCUGCCUUUCAGGAGGACGGGUCGGAGUCGGACUCGGUGGCCGCCACCCCCAGCAGCGCCGGCAGCAAGUCCAACACCCCCACGUCCUCCGUGCCCUCCGCCACCGUCACCCCCAUCAACGAGGGCUUCCUGCAGCACGCCGACUUCGACGCCGUGCGGAGCGGCAACCGCAGGAAGAGCGCCAAGCGUCUGAGCCGGAACAUGGAGGUGCAGGUCUCCCAGGAGACCCGGAACGUCAGCAUCGGGAUGGGAAGCAGCGACGAGUGGUCCGAGUUCCAGGAGAUCAUUGAUUCGACGCCCGAGCUGGACAUGUGCGUGGAUCCUCGCGUGUACGGAGGAGGGAACAGCCCCUCUCAGGGAAUAGUGAACGAGGCCUUCGGCAUCAACACCGACUCCCUCUACCACGAGAUCAAGGACGCCAAGUCGGACAUCAUCGGCGACGUGGACGCCGGCGCCGAGCUGCUGGGCGAGUUCUCAGUCCGUGAUGAUUUCUUCGGGAUGGGAAAGGAGGUGGAGAACCUGCUGACGGAGAACAAACAGCUCCUUGAGACCAAAAACGCCCUGAACAUUGUGAAGAAUGACCUCAUAGCCAAAGUGGACGAGCUGUCGGGGGUGCAGGAGGUGCUGAGGGAGGAGCUGGAGACGGUGCGACAGUCCAAGAACAAGCUGGACGCCCGGGUCAAGGAGCUGGAAGAGGAGCUGAAGAGGUUGAGAGCUGAAGCCCUCGGUGCGUCCCGAGACUCCAAGGACGAAGGAGGGGACGAUUUCUCGUCACCCAUGCAGGACGGCGACAUGACGAUGACGCAGCGACGGCGGUUCACACGGGUGGAGAUGGCCCGAGUUCUGAUGGAGCGGAACCAGUACAAGGAGAGGCUGAUGGAGCUGCAGGAGGCCGUGCGGUGGACGGAAAUGAUCAGGGCGUCCCGGGAGAGUCCUCCGAUCCAGGAGAAGAAGAAGUCCACCAUCUGGCAGUUCUUUGCCCGUCUCUUCAGCUCAUCCUCCAGCCCUCCGCCCGUCAAGCGGCCAUACUACAGCGUCAACAUCCACUACAAGUCCCCCUCGCCGGCCGGGUUGUCUCAGCGGCGCAGCCACACCAUGUGUCAGAUCUCCACCUCCAACCGCACCCUGGAGUUCUUCCCUGAAGAACUGGCCAGUAACGGUGUUGCGUCUCUUCUCAGUGACUCUGCGCUGUUGGCCCGCAGAGAGCAGCGGCGCGAGCAGUACCGGCAGGUCCGCGAGCACAUGCGCCGCGACGACGGCAUCAUGCAGGCGUGCGGCUGGAGCGUCCCGUCUCGCUUCAAGCAGAAUCCUGGUCAGACGGACAGCGCUCAGAACAGCCCGCUGAAGAGACAACAGACCACCAACGAAAAGGAGGACAACCGCAUGAAGAACGUUCCUGUGCCAGUUUACUGCCGUCCUCUGGUCGAGAAGGACCCCAACAGGAAGUUGUGGUGUGCUGCAGGCGUGGAUCUGACCGGAUGGAGGACCGGCGGCCAGGAGGCGGUUCCAUCCAAACCCGGGUCCGGCAGCGGUGACCCCCUGCAGGCCGAGGAGGCCGGAGGCGACAAGAAGAGCAGCUCCCCAGAGAAGAGGAAGUCCAAGGAGCUGCAGGAAACCGACGCCAUGAGCAGUCGAGUGUGGAUUCUCACCAGCACCCACUCUGCCAGCAAGGUGGUCAUCAUCGACGCCAACCAGCCGGGCUCGCUGGUCGACCAGUUCAACGUCUGCAACGCCCACGUGCUGUGCAUCUCAAGCGUUCCAGCUGCCAGCGAGAGCGACUACCCCGCCGGCGAGAUCGUGCUGGAUCCCGGAGACGGCGGCGCCGGAGGGGGCGACGAUGGCGGUGGCGUGGAGGGGAUGCUGGCUGGCAUCACGCUGGUCGGCUGCGCCACCAACUGCAGCGUCGCCCGCAGCAACUGCUCGUCGCGCACCGACACUCCCAUCAUGGACAAGGGACAAGCCCCCACUGCUCCCCCCAUGAACGGGAAGAUUCACCCCGCCCAGUCGGCCGAGGAGGCCACAGAGGCCACCGAGGUUCCAGAGUCAACAACCAGCCACACGGGAAUGGGAUCUGGACCUCCAGGACCGUUCACCGAGCACGUCUUCACCGAUCCUCAGCCUCGUCCGGCCGACGCCUCCGAGCGGAGCACGGGUCAGUCCAAAGAGGAGACGUGUCAGCCGACGGAGACGGAGGACGGAGGCGAAGAGGCCAGGAGCUACACCAGCGUGGCCCCCACCAUGUGGCUGGGAGCCCAGAAUGGCUGGCUCUACGUCCAUUCCGCUGUUGGAAACUGGAAGAAGUGUCUCCACUCCAUCAAACUUAAAGACUCAGUGCUCAGCCUGGUGCACGUGAAGGGUCGUGUGCUGGUGGCUCUCGCUGAUGGGACCCUCGCCAUUUUCCACAGAUCAGAGGAUGGCCAGUGGGAUCUGUCCAACUACCACCUCAUGGACCUGGGCCGUCCUCACCACUCCAUCCGCUGCAUGGCUGUGGUCCACGAUAAGGUUUGGUGCGGCUACAAGAACAAAAUCCACGUCAUCCAGCCCAAGAGCAUGCAAAUCGAGAAGUCCUUCGACGCCCACCCGCGCAGGGAGAGCCAGGUGCGGCAGCUCGCCUGGAUCGGCGACGGCGUGUGGGUGUCGAUCCGUUUGGACUCCACCCUGCGCCUCUACCACGCACACACGCACCAGCACCUCCAGGACGUGGACAUCGAGCCGUACGUCAGCAAGAUGCUGGGUACCGGAAAGUUGGGCUUCUCCUUCGUCCGCAUAACGGCGCUCCUGAUCGGCGGAAACCGUCUGUGGGUCGGAACUGGAAACGGCGUGAUCAUCUCCAUCCCGCUGACAGAGACCGUGGUCCUUCACCGGGGACAGCUCCUGGGUCUGAGGGCCAAUAAGGUUUCUCCGACGUCGUCCGGAGGAGUGAUCCAUGUGUACGGUGACGACGGCUCCGAAAAGAGCAGCGGCAGCUUCAUCCCCUACUGCUCCAUGGCUCAAGCCCAGCUCUGUUUCCAUGGACACCGUGAUGCUGUCAAGUUCUUUGUCUCUGUUCCCGGAAACGUCCUGGCGACGCUCAAUGGCAGUGUGCUAGACAGUCCCUCAGAGGGGCAGGGAUCCACGGCGCCGCCCGAGACCGAGACCCAGAGUGUUCAAAACGUGUUGGUGCUGAGCGGAGGAGAGGGAUACAUCGACUUCCGCAUAGGGGACGGUGAGGACGAUGAGACGGAGGAGGGAGAGAACGGUGCAGCUUCGCAGAUGAAACCUGCUUUGAGCAAAGCUGAGCGGAGCCACAUCAUCGUCUGGCAGGUGUCCUAUGUGCCUGAGUGACUCCUGGCUCUGCUUUAACGCCCACCUCCCUCUCCUGUCCCCAAAGCUUCCAGCCGCCCAGACCUUGUAAUUACCCCCGGUUAUGUAAAAUGUCCCCUUCAGCUCUAAAACGACCCUCCAAGACAUGUAUGUAACUAUUAUGCGCCCCUCUUCCCAUCACCUUGUAACUUUAAUGCCUUGUAAGUACCUCCUCUGAUCUAGUAAUCUGCCUGACACCCCGUCUGUCCCACCCAGGGCAUUGUAACCAUCUACCCAGCCUCAUAUCUACCUCCCUCCUCUUUAUCUCAUAUUUGUAAGCACACUCUCCUUUAUUUACCUCAACUGUCCUGCAUCUGCCCCAGAGUUCCUCCUCCUCCUCUUUAAGCCGAGCCCAGAGCCCCAACAUGCAUCAACUGAACCAAAACCUAUGGAAAUGACAACACAGACCUGCUCAUCAGGAACCAAUAACCACAAAAUAAGAGCGGCAGAUUGUUAAAGGCAUCUUCUCUGAUUUUCAACUUUGUGUACAGUAGUUGGUACAAUAUCUUGUUCCUGAAUCUUCUGAGUCUCACAUUCAACAGAAAUCCUGAAGGUUUAGGAAGUGGCACCUUAAAAACAGUGACUGAAGUUGUUCCAUUACUGCCUGAAUGCAGCUGAAAGUAAAACAUGUGGGUUUACGAAGCACAAAAUUACAGUCUGUGUAGAAAAAGGGCAGCGUUUCAGUAUCGAUGCUCGUAACUCCCAAAACCAUCAACCACAGCAAACAAGUUGACAAUUGGUGAAGUCGCCCUUUAAGUGCAAAACAGCUGCUGCUCAGAUUUUGGGUGAGUGGUUUCAGGGUGUAGGUGUUUGACCGUUGCCUCAGUGUUAAGACUGUCAUUGAAAGUUGUUGGGGUGUUUUUGAGGGGAGGCCCAAAUCGCUCCACAAUGAAUUUAGCUUACAAUUCUGGGUUUGUUUGUCUGUUAGCUCAAAUGUUUUCAUCCCAACUUGCCUCUACUUUCAAAUGUCCCAAAGUGGGAGGAUACGUGAGGUGGACCUGCAGCAGCCUGGUGCAAGUCAAGGAUUAGAGGACUCCACAGUGAGGUCCACAUGCCGGCGUUGUGUAAACGUGGUAACGGGAAGCCCAGUAAAGUGUUGACGGUUCGGUCUGGACUGGCUGAAUGGCGGCGUGUUGUCAUUAUGUGUACAGGGAUUAUUGUAAAUCUCCAGACGCACUGAAGCCCAUCCUCUUUGUUCAGUAUGGAAAUUCAUGCAUUGAUCUCUGUAUGGAUUAAAUAUUAAACAUAUUUGUGUGCUGAAACAUAA